GACCCAUUCACUGAGGAGAGAGGAGAGGAGGAGGAACACAGAGGCGCCGACAAGAACCAGAGAAGUUCUUUAUUGAAGCUACUUUGUUAUAUAUAGUUCCUUAUUUGUGUAAGAAAGUUAUUUCAAACAGUAAUCAAAGAGAUGGGGAACCGGGUCGCUCGCGAAGACUACGAAUGGGUGUACACGGACCAACCGCAUGCCGACAGGAGAAAAGAGAUACUGGCCAAAUACCCAGAAAUCAAGUCGUUGAUGGGGCCUGACCAGAGGCUGAAAUGGAUUGUGUGCAUGAUGGUGGCUAUACAGUUUUUAGCUUUCUACUUGGUCAAAGACUUGGACUGGAAAUGGGUUUUGUUUUGGACUUAUGCCUUUGGCAGCUGUAUCAACCACUCAAUGACCCUUGCGAUUCACGAGAUCUCUCACAACACGGCCUUUGGAAACAACAAGGCCAUGUGGAACCGCUACUUUGCCAUGUUUGCCAACCUGCCCAUCGGCCUGCCCUACUCUGCCUCCUUCAAACGCUAUCACCUGGACCAUCACCGCUACCUGGGUGGAGACGGGAUCGAUGUAGACAUCCCCACAGAGUUUGAAGGCUGGUUCUUUUGCACACGCUUCCGUAAAUUCAUCUGGAUUAUUCUGCAGCCGCUGUUCUACGCCAUCCGGCCACUCUGCAUCAACCCCAAACCCAUCACUCAGCUCGAGGUUACCAACUUGGCCAUCCAGCUCACCUUUGACAUUCUGCUCGGCUGGCUGUGGGGGGCCAAGCCCGUGGUCUACAUGCUGGCUGGCUCCAUGCUGGGGAUGGGCUUGCACCCCAUCUCUGGUCACUUCAUAGCUGAGCACUAUAUGUUCCUCAAGGGCCAUGAAACCUACUCCUACUAUGGCUCCCUCAACUUGCUCACCUUCAACGUUGGUUACCACAACGAACACCAUGACUUCCCCAGCAUCCCAGGACGCAGGCUGCCGAUGGUGAAGAAAAUAGCGGCUGAGUAUUAUGACGACCUGCCUCAGUACACAUCGUGGGUAAAGGUGCUGUACGACUUCAUCAUGGACGAUACGCUGAGCCCGUACUCUCGAGUCAAGAGGAAGCUGAAGGGAGACGUCAAACAAGAGUAAAGCCUCUGAAAGCUUCUCUGGAGCACCGCUGUGGCGUCCGCCAUGACAGCAGCCCCGGAUCACCGUCCUAUAAACUUUACUGCUUCUGCUUAUUAACACAUUUGGCAUGGAAAUAAGGGUGGACAUACCAAAAGAAUGCUUUUUCUCUACAGGGACAGGAGACAGUUUGUUGUUCAGGCAUUAGAUGAUUAUUUUAGAUACUGUGAUUAUAGGCAGUACCCAGGUCUGGUUGCACAAAGGCUUUGAUUAAAAAAAUGAGUUCACUUUAUGAUAAUUUUAUUUGCUAUGCAUUUUAAACAAAAUAUUAGUGAAUGGAUUGUUAUGAAAUGUGGUCCACACAUUCAUGUCCCCCUCAAGAUGAACUGUAAUCACUAUGGUGACCUUUUUUUUUUAAAUAUUCAUUUGUACAAUACUUUAAAACAACCUCAAAUUGUCCACUCAAAGUGUCUGUAUUGUGCUGAGGCUCUUUAACUGCCGUCAGGUGAUCUGUGUGCGACUGUGCACAGAACCAGUGCGUGACCUUUACACGCUGAGUCUACUUUCAACAUAUCUGAGGCAACAAAACUUGUCAGUCGUGAGUAAAAACAAAAGGUUGUCGGUAAAACAUUUAACAGACUGAUGGUGGAGUUGCUUCUGCCUAUAGUGGUUUUAAACUAAACAUUUAAAUUAAAUGCUGUGUCCUCUGCUUGCCA